AUGGGCGUCUUUGUUUUUAAGCUCUUCUCGCUAAUUGCUGCCCGAUCAAACCAAUUCACAGCAUAUCUUAUGUUUACGGAAGACUACAUCCAACAACUAUUCUUUAUCUCCUCCCGGGGCAUUUCGCGUGGUGGGCUAGUUGUUUUCUUGUUUAGCCUUCUAAGCAUUACCUCAUCCCUCUAUGGCACACUUCUUUGGGCUCUGGAUUCACCAGGCUACAUCUUCCAGGCAACAGACACGACCGUGGCUGCUUACCAACGCCAAAGAAACGAGCAUCCUCCUUAUAUCAUACAACUAGCUCUAGAUCCAACUGAACUCGGAAGCACCUCGGAAAAGCUCCCACAAAUUAUUGGUGCUGAACUGUUCAAUCCGGGUCUUAACUACAGUUUGACAGGGAAAGUAGACAACAGCCACGGAACACCCGAAGUGGUCGCGCCAACACGACAGGGGCACGGUGUCGGUGCCCGUAUAUGGUUAGAUAGUGACGGCUUCUCAGUUUCUCCUGACACCAACGCCAUGAUUCCUUACACCGAUACUAUGAAUUUGACUUUGUUUAGUUCAUGCAUCGUGUUUGAUGAAGGGUCUGCUGUCUGGAAUUGCACAUUCAACAAUGCCGAAGCACAGAGCAUCAUUGAAGGCAUAACAGGACUGCCUGAGAUUCAUUGGAGCGACGCGACUGACGAAGACAUGGAUUCAAGAUACGUCAGGCCCAACAGGGUCGACAACAUUUGGGUCUCACUGGGCACUGGUGGAGGUUCAGCCCUCCUGAACCAAGUAUUUACUGCAACCAAAGAAACAAGACGGCACACAUUUCUUCAGUCCACUUUCAAGGCGACAAUGCUCACCACUCCCGGUGUUCCGUUUGGCCAAUUUGAAGUCGCCGACUUCAUCAACCGGACUUGGAGCACUAGUACGGACCAAGACAGUACGAGAGAAACCAACCCUCUGAUGGGCCGUAUCACCCACGACAUAAUGGGAGCUCAGGAUCAGGGCGCCAGUUACCAGUUUGGUGCAAACAUAGCUGAUAACAAUAAUAAGUCCGUUCUUCAAAAGAACUGGGGUUAUUAUACGCCACAAGUCAAUAACAACAGCAUGUAUUCACUCAUCAGCAUUACCACCACAAAAAUCAGCCUCAUUCGAUCGGAAACACUUCCUGAGGCCCCAAAACCUUUUGAGAGAUGUGAAAGAUCCAAUUUCCAGAAUGAGGCAUUCGGUGGAAAGGUCACGCAGACUGACUGUGCUGGUUCUAAAGCUGCAAGUGUCAAGCAUGGUUUCUUUGGUCAAGUUGAUACGGCUGCGGUGAUGAUCACGCGUGGUUUAGGUGCUGCACGAUCAAACAUCAGUGCACAGUCGCUUGACGAAAAUUCCCUUGCUUGGCUAUGGAAGAACUCUAGAGCAAUUGAGUCAUUGCUGGCUGCUAGAGCUUACAGUGUCGGAAUUGACCCGUCACUUGUGGAACUCAGUGUUGAUCAGCUCAUGGUCGCUAUGUCUAGCUUGCAGCUCUUUUUAACCUGCCUGGCUUUGGCGCUUGCUACAGUUAUCUGGAUAGGCCUUGCGUAUGCUGCCGAUGAACACUGGUCCAGCACUCUUUUCGGGAAUCUGAUUUAUACUCCUUCAGAAACACAUAAAUCAAACCCAGGAUAUAUCAAGAGAGCUCCAGAGGUAACCUUGUUGCCCAUGGGCCGGAAGAAGAUCUUGGCUGUGGAUGGGGAGACGUUGACUACAUCAAGUACGGUAUUGACGUCGAUGCAGCCUUUCACGACUUCUAAUUCAUUGACGAAAGGUCCCAAAGGCCAUACAGAAGUAGAACCUUACUCAUCAAGCUAUGGCGACCAAUAUCGAGGGCAACAAAAUCUACUAUUAGGUAGUGAGCUUAACAAUAUAUAUAGGUAUUAA